AUGGCCCCGCAAAAGAGGCAGGCAGAAGAACCUCUAGUCUCUUGCUCUAAGCAGGCAAAGACAGCAGCAGAAGUGCAAAAAGAAAAAGACCCUGAGCCACAGGGGGAUAUCCUCAUGGAUGAUGGGCUAGAGGUUGAUAAUGAAGUCAGUUGCAGUGACUAUCCUUCUUCUGCUCUUUGUAAAGAGAUUGCGCAGCCACAGCAAGCUGGCCAGGAAGCAAAAGACGCCCAGAUCAGAAAGGACCUGGAUACCAUGAAGUUGAUAUUCCACGAGGCAGCUCAAUAUGCCAGCUCGGUCGCCAGAACCGAAUCCAAUGAGGGCUCGCAGUUCAAGGACACUCGGGUAUGUUCAAUGUUAGCUGCGUGUCCGAACCAGCUUCUCUCCAAGAUCUAUGCUUUAAAGAGCGUCUUCUCUCACUCCCUAUCUGAUAUUACCACUGUUGAAGGCCGGCGUUGGAUGGUUUUGUGGCUGUUCAAUUUUGAUAGAGGGGGCUUUCUAAUAAACCCGAAGCCGCUCAGCUUUUUCUCCGACAGAUAUCCUCCGAAUAAAAAGCAAAGAAGAGAUGGAAUAUCUAGAGACGAAAAGAAGGCCCUCGAGAUAGAUUGGCUUCAAGAGACCGAAUGCGCCCAAUGGAUCCUCCAGUUCUGCUGCCACGCUGGAAGUGACCGCUCGUCCUGGAUCUCAACAGAGCACAAGCUACGACUCCUCCCCGCCGCCGCAAUAGCAGCAGCAGCAGCAGCAGCAGUAGCCUGCCAUAUCAACCAUGAGCCGUCCUGGUACGAGCGCGAGCCAAAGGUCGACCAAUCUCGAGGUACCACCCGCGUCUGCGACUUCGCAUUCCACGUUCCGAAACGUCUCUGCCUGCAAUCGCUGUCGAAUCCGCCCCCGGAGGCGCACGAAGGUGAAGGAGACGAGCUACGCCUGGCCAGCCUGGCGCGCGCGUCAGCCGGAACAGGAGCAGCAGUAGAAGGGGGAGCAGGAGACGAAGGACGGGAUGCAGCGCAUGCAAAGGAGGCCGGGACGAAGGAAAGGCCGCCGUUGAAUAACAACAAUAAUAUUGCACCGGGAAGUAGUGACGCAAGGGUGAAGCGUGAGCCGGCCAGUCCUCUGUCCGUGCCAGCAAAGACUGCGGCCAGGAGCAACAGCAGCCUGUAUGGCGGUAGGAAAUCGCUGGCCGACGAUGCGAGCAGGCGGAUUGAUAAACUGGUCUCCAGCGUUGGGAUGGUACCUGUCCAGGGCACCUCUGACCCGAGAUACCUAGGCUCUACGUCCGGCAUAUCCUUUGCUCGAGUGGUGUUUUCCGCCGUCAGAAGCUCGGUUUCAUCCAGCGUCUCCGAACGAGGAUCAAUCCGGCCGGGCUCCCGUCGACAGUCGGCUGCUGCCAGUGCGAGCAAGAAUGGCAGUGAUGGCGGCGCCGCCAGCGGAGGCAUGCAUUCCAUGAGGGACUCAUAUUUCGGCCUGCAGACAAAACCGAUCAUGAAGCAGGCGCCUUUCCCAGACCGUGAAGUCGCUCAGAGGCUCGUCAGUCUAUACUUCGAAUAUUCAAAUGCCCAGAUCCCUAUCUUGCACCGGGUCGAGUUCAUGGAGGUCUUCAAUCGGGUGUAUGCUACAGAGGAAAAGCAGCGUUCAGCUCGGGACCUCUAUUUCCUGAAUAUCGUCUGUGCUAUUGGAGCUGGCGUCAUUUUUGAUGCCAAAGGCGACGGCGAGCCUACGUCUCAGGAGAUGAAGAACGACGAUAGCAGGCAAAGCCCGACUCAUUCACCAGCACAUAAACGAAGGCGGCUGUCAAAGCAACAGCACCAACCGGAGGAAUAUCACGCCUCUGCCGUCGUUCAUCUGGAGUCGUGUCUAGGGUCUUCUUCAUCUACGGAUGGCUUUGGGGGCGGGUUAGAGGAGCUACAAGCUGUCCUGCUGCUAGCCAGCUUUGCUUUGCUUCGACCAGUUGCCCCUGGACUCUGGUACAUUGCCGGCGUUGCUGUUCGGCUUGCAAUUGACCUUGGCCUGCAUCACGAAGACGGGACAGGUGUUGAUUCCAUCGAUGAGGUUGAAGUUGCGCGCCGUAUGUCUCGCAUGGACAGCAUUGAUGAGCACUCAUCCGAACAGGUCAGAGCCAGAUUGAAAGUUGAUCCUCGCGAGAGAGGGAGAAGGGAGUUCAUUCGUGAUUUCAGACGAAGGCUCUGGUGGUGUGUCUACUCCUUUGACCGGCUGGUCAGCACCUGCGUUGGCCGUCCAUUUGGUAUCACCGACCAAGUCAUCACCACUGAAUUCCCGUCCCUCCUUGAUGAUGAAUAUAUUACCAAGGCUGGAUUCGUUGCAGCACCGUCUGGGGCUCCUUCAUACAAGCUAGUUGCACAUCAUUACUUCAAGUUACGCCUCCUCCAAUCUGAAAUACAGGAAGUUCUUCAACAUCAGCAGGCCAUGCUAGCGAGGAAGAACGGUAGAAACCGUAACAACUCGUUUAUGCACACGAAACUUCCUUCUCCGUUUUUGCAGAAGUUUGAUAGCUUCCGCUCCUGGCGGAUAGACAUUCACAGGCGUCUUGAUGAGUGGAUACAGUCCGCGCCCAAGCCUCAUGAGAUAGGGGUGCAGUUCUCGCUCCAGUUCUUGGAGCUGAACUAUUGGCAGACUCUGAUAAGCCUAUAUAGACAGAGCUUGACUGUGCCGAAGCCACUGGCCGCAGAGAGAACGCCGACAGAGGAUGUAUCAAGCCCCUCUCUGGCAAGUGUUGAGGAGCCAGAAGAUGAGGAUGAUGUCUAUUCAAUGGUUGCCGAAGCCGGCCAGAAAGUGCUGAGAAUUUACAGACAAUUACACCGUGUGCGUCUGGUCAAUUUCACUUACCUCGCAACUCACCAUUUGUUCAUGGCCGGAAUAUCGUUUCUGUAUGCUAUCUGGCAUUCGCCUGCUACCCUUGAUGACGUCGACUUCACUGUCCUCGCUGCAACAUCUGUACUCAAGGACUUGAUUGAGAAAUGUCCGCCUGCUGAAGCAUGUCGAGACGCUUUUGAGCGGAUGAGCAAAGCCACUGUUCAAAUGGGACUAUCAACUACUGGUUUUGGCCAGCAAGUAGGCGUUGGUGAUAGGCUGGGCACUCACAAUUCCGGCGCUCAAUCCAGACCACAGCAUCAGAAUCAGAAUCAGAAUCAGAAUCAGAAUCAGAAUCAGAAUCAAAUAUCUGAUAGUCAAUACUUCCACAACACGCCUUUCUACAAGCCUUAUCCUCAACAACCGUACUACCAUAGCUCCAGGCCCUCUCGAAGCCUAGAUUCAAUACCAGAACAGCCCGUGGACUCUCGUCCGGUUGAACCAUGCACAGAUAACCGCUUUAGCAUCACGAGUUUUCUGUCCAACCCCGUUGGUUCGUCUAAGAUUGGAAAGGCGCAGUCUUCCUCGCCCCCACAAUACCAUGAGCACCGCGAUAUACCCAGCCGAGCCGCUUCCACUACUCCAGAGAAAAGGUCACCAAAGUCCGCCUCGCGCCAACUAGAAAACCCCUUUUCACCUAGCCAGUUCAACAGCCAGCUGCAAGCCGCAUCUCAACGCCAACAGCAGCAGCAAUCACCACACCACCAGUCUACCCAUCAUUACACAUAUACUGACCCGUUUGCAAGCCGGACCCCGCAGCCCAACCCUCACCAACAACAGUUCCAUUCCCCACAGGCCACCAGCCAAGCAGGAGCACCAUUUUACGUCCCUGGACUUGAUGAUCUCCUGAACAGUCCCUCUCGCCCGUAUACCUCGGACAACCAAGCAGUUUACACCAGCGGCGAAGCAGCAGACAUCAACUUGACGAGUCUUCCGUUAUAUUCACCAGAUAGCACCCAUGCUGCCAUGGCAGGAAACAGUGCCCUCGAUCUGGGAUUCGGGGUCGGCACUGCCGUUGACUUCCAGCAUGACUGGAACGAAAAUACUGGUUUCGAUCUGUUUGAUGGUCUCUUCUUUGGCGGAGGAGGGUGA